CCCUCCUUCCCCGCUGCCCACGCCUCCUCUGUCCAUUUUGCUUAACUUUGAAACAGCAGUGAACUUCGGACGCAAAGAGACGGCUUAUGUGUAUUUAUUGCAGGAUAAUUUCUACCGCCGCCGUUGGAUACUGAGAGCCUGGAGCCAAAAUCAUGGAGACGUUGGAAAACAUGCAAAAGGCCAUUUCCAGUCUUGAUCCCUGCCAACUUAAGGUGUUACUGGUCACCUCUGUGGGAAUUGGAGGUCUUUUGUGCUACUUGGCUUUGAGGAAAAAAACAAAGAAUAUCCCAGUUGGAGAUGGCUGGUGGAGAGUAGGAGAGAAGCCCCUUUCAGAGGACAGGACUAUACGUCCUUUUGUUGUGGAGACCUCUGAAGAAAUGAUACAGGAUCUUCACCAACGCAUCAACCAAACAAGAUACACAGAAAGUCUGGAAGAUGGCCGGUUCCACUACGGCUUUAACUCUGCCUAUCUCAAAAAGGUGGCCAAAUACUGGAGGCAUGAGUUUGACUGGGAGAAGCAGGUUAGGGUGCUUAACAAGUACCCUCACUUCAAAACCAACAUUGAGGGUUUAGAUGUGCACUUCAUCCAUGUGAAGCCUGUCCAGCGUGCUGGACAGAAGGUUCUGCCUCUCAUGAUGGUGCAUGGCUGGCCUGGUUCCUUCUAUGAGUUCUACAAGAUUUUGCCUCUGCUCACUGAGACUGAAGGAGACUUUGUAUUUGAGGUCAUCUGUCCCUCCAUCCCAGGAUAUGGCUAUUCUGAAGCCCCACAUACGCAAGGAUUCACUUGCCUGGAUGCUGCACGGAUCUUCCAUAAGCUGAUGGACAGACUGGACUUCAGUGACUAUUAUGUUCAAGGGGGAGACUGGGGAGCAUUUAUCACCUGCAGCAUGGCCCUGAUGAAGCCUGAGUGCAUUCGGGGUUUACAUCUUAACAUGGUCAACGCCAAGGCAGGAGGUGCUCUAUCAAUCAUCUCUCUCCUUGUUGGCCGUUAUCUGCCUUUCCUGGUGGGAUUCACCAGAGAAGAUGUUUGCAGAAUUUAUCCUUUCAUGCAGAAGAACGUGUACAAAAUACUACGAGAAUCUGGCUACAUGCACAUCCAAGCCACCAAACCUGAUACUGCAGGCUGUGGGUUAAAUAACUCUCCAGUUGGUCUGGCUGCAUACAUCUUGGAGAAGUUCAGCACCUGGACUGACUAUAAGAACAGGGACCUUGAAGAUGGAGGGUUAGAGAGAAAGUUCAGUUUGGAUGACCUCCUGACCAACAUUAUGAUCUACUGGACUACAGGCUCCAUCAUUCCGUCCAUGCGCUUCUACAAAGAGAACAUGGGCGCAAACUUUCAAAAAACCAUGGACAAUACAACAAAAAUCCAUGUCCCUACGGGAUUGGCAGCAUUUCCCCAUGAGCUGUUACACUGUCCCAGGGUCUGGGCCCGCUCGAGGUUCACAGACAUCCGCUCCUACACCUACAUGCCGCGAGGUGGUCACUUCGCAGCCUUUGAGGAACCUGUGCUGCUGGCCCAGGACUUGUUGCAGUUUGUGAAGAAAGUGGAGAGCAAGAGGCCUAAAUAACUACUGCAUUCCAGUGCCUUUUGAGAUAAAACAUACACUACUUUAAAGGGAAAUGGGUAAAAAACUCUGAGAAUGAAUAAGUAAUAUAGCUGUUAAUUUGAGAACAAAAUGGGGAAGUAUACCUUAUAAUUACACUGCAUUUAUACACUAUAUUAGAGCACUGCUAUUAUAAUCCAUGGCUGAUUUGGUGAUGGACGAUAUGUCCAUAAGUUUGUAGACACCUCCUUGUUUGUUGUGAAAUCAAAGGUAUAAACAGGGAGUUUGUCCCAUUUUGCUGUCUCUACUCUUCUGGAUAACCCUAGCUCAUCUCAAAAGGUGUUGGAUGGAGCUCCAGAGAGCAGAGAAUGCAGAUUCACUGCUGCACAGCCCAGUGCUGGGGGGCUUUAUACCCCUCUAGGCAACAUUUGGCAUUGAGCAUGAUGACCUCAGGCUUUUGUGUAGCUGCUCCAGAGUGUCCCUUUGUGUUGGCCAAAGCUUUACUAUUGAGAUUAUAGCAGGUAUGUGUAAGCAAAUAAAAACCUUAACAGGUGCAUCUUAAAGCGUCCACUUCCUGUUUCUUGUAUUAUUAUUAUUUUUUUUUUUUUGAAUGAAGUUAGUGUUUUUUUGGGUGACCAUUGUCCAGCCCGUUUUUGUCCCUAGAUAACUAACUAGAUUCACUAGAAUUUAACAGGUUGAUUUUGUUACUUUAAGACUGUUUCUUUUCUUUAAUACUGCUUAGAACUCCGGCAUUAAUAGGCCAAGCUAAACCACUAUGUGAAUAACUGAAAAUAUGUAAAUGGUGGGUUUUAGUGACAUCACAUAAAGGAGAUAUUUUAAAAAAAAAAAAAGCAUAGACAGUGUUUACAUACCAGAUACAAACCAAGUAGUAAAAAUGAUUUUU